AUGUCUUCACCAAAAAAAGUUAAUAGAAAACGUUCGCUUUCUGAAAUGAGUUGUUCUGAUGAGGAUAAAUGUUCCCAAACAAUUGAUGGGAUCAAAAUGCCUAUUUCUGAACUUUUAACUUUAUGUAAAACAAUUGCUGACACUAAUGGAUCUAUUGCCAAGAAACGUGGUACCAGUAAAUUGGCUCCUGCUUUAGAUGAAAAUGCUUUUACUUUACCACUCAAUGAAGUUGAGGAAAGUUUCAAAAAUGCAUAUAGAUAUUCUACAAGAAGAGAUAGCAUUACUUAUGAAUUUAUGGCUACAGCUAUUAUGCAACGUUUUACACGUGGGGAUAUAGUAACACUAUAUCCCGAUUUCCCGAAAAGACCUUUACCAUUAUACAAUGAAUUUUUAUCUGUUUGUGGCCAUAAGAAUCUUUUUGCCAGACCACCUGCUGAUGUUAAAGAAGCUUUUGGUGACGUCUCCAAUAUAAAUAGAAUUAAGGCACAAGAAAAUUAUGAAAGAAAUGUUCAUGAAUACAAUGAAAAAUUGGAACAGUUUCUCAUUGAUCAUGAAAGUGAGUUAAACACUGAACAAAAAGAUUACACAAAAAAACAAAUGAUUGAUCUCGGUAAAGUAACAAAGAGAAACGCUAGAAAAGUCGUUCAUAAAAAGACAGCUUUUGACUUUUUUAAACAAGCUAAGAAAAAUAAGUAUGCAGACAUAGGAGAGGAAGCCAGGGAAAAGAAACUUCAAAAGGCCUUUAAAAAGUUAAAACCAGACGAAUUAGAGAUCUAUGAAGAGUUAGCUUCCAACCAAUGA